AUGGCUGCUGUGCUUCGGAAAAUCGAUUUCAGGGUGCUCCCAUUCAUCUUUAUCUGCUACAUGUUCUUCUACAUUGACAAAACCACCUUGUCUUACGCUGCAAUUUUCGGUAUCAAGAAAGAUUUGAACUUGAAGGGUACCGAGUACUCGUGGUUGUCGUCUGUUUUCUAUUUUGGCUACAUGGCAUGGUCGUUCCCCACCAACUACUUGUUGAUUAGGUUCCCGGUGGGUAAGUACUUGGGAGUGAACAUCUUCAUGUGGGGAGCCUUUUUGAUGAUUCAAGCUGCUUGUAGCGAUUUCUCCAGUUUGGCCGCCGUCAGAGCCUUUGGUGGUGCUGCGGAGGCCUGUGCCGAUUCCGCCUUUAUGCUUAUUACUGGGAUGUGGUACACCAAGCGUGAACAGCCGAUUCGUAUCGGAUUGUGGUACGCUGCCAACGGUAUGGGGGUAGCCUUUGGUGGGUUAUUGGGAUACGGUAUUGGUAGCAUCAAGGGUUCCAUGCCGUCUUGGAAGUACGAAUUUUUGAUCGUCGGAUGCUUGUGCUGCACGUGGGGGGUUGUGAUUUUCUUUGGCCUUCCCGAUUCUCCUUUGAGAAACCAAAUCUUUAGCGCCAGAGAAAAGCAGUUGUUGAUAAUUCGGUUGAAGGAAAACCAAUCCGGCGUCGACGAGUCCACUGAUAAGGUCUUGAAGUGGGACCAAGUCAAGGAUGCUUUCCUCGACCCUAAGCUGUGGCUUUUGUUUAUCAUCACCAUGUUUGCUAACAUCCCAAACGGAGGGAUUUCCAACUUUGGGACCAUGAUUAUCCAGGGGUUUGGCUUCUCCACCUUGGUAACCACUUUGUUGCAGAUUCCGAACGGUUUCAUUAUCUCCUUUUCGAUCUUGGUCUGUGUGUACCUCAAUGACUUGUGGAUGGAAAAGAGUGGAAAAAACAGAAGAACAAUCAUGAUCAUCCUCUUUAUGCUUCCAAAUAUUGCCGGUGGGUUUGGCUUGUUGCUCGUUAAUGAACACCACAAGGUUGGCAGAUUGAUCUGCUACUACUUGACCGGUCCGUACAAUGCUGCCUUUGUGAUGUUCUUGUCCUUGAACACUUCCAACACCGCCGGAACCACCAAGAAGAGUGUUACCAACUGUAUGUUGUUUUUGGGUUACUGUGUGGGUAACAUUGCGGGUCCAUUCUUCUACAAGACAUCCCAGUACCCAAAGUACAAGUUGGGAAUGGGUUCUCUCUUGUUCUCUCAUUUUAUGGAGGCUAUUCUUGCCGCUACGUUGGGUCUCUACUUGAGGAGAGAAAACAUGAAGAGGGACAAGGCUCAAGGUGUGGAGGCCGGUGCCGAGUUGAGCACUGAAUUUGCCUACGAGGAUUUGACCGACAGACAAAACCCCAACUUUAGAUAUGUUUAUUAG